GCAGGCACCCUAGCGGUCAGCUGACUUGCUGCGGGGUCCUGACAGAGCAUCCUCGGGAGUCGGGACCAGGAAGUGCGAGAUGACUGUUCAUAACCUGUACAUAUUCGACCGCAACGGGGCGUGUCUUCACUACAGCGAAUGGAACCGUAAGAAGCAGGCUGGGAUAUCCAAACAAGAGGAGUUUAAACUGAUGUAUGGGAUGCUGUUUUCCAUCCGUUCCUUCGUCAGCAAGAUGUCUCCUCUGGAUAUGAGGGAAGGGUUCCAGUGCUUUCAGACCAGCCGGUAUAAACUGCACUUCUAUGAGACGCCAACAGGCCUCAAGUUCAUCAUGAACACUGACCUGUCUGUUCCCAACGCAAGGGAGACGCUGCACCAGAUAUACAGCACGCUCUAUGUGGACUACAUAGUGAAGAACCCUCUGUGUUCUCUGGGAGACCCCCUGCAGAGCAACCUCUUCUCCGCCCGCCUCGACACCUUCAUCAAGAACCUGCCCUACUUCAACCCUAGAGCGGCUUAGCACACACACGCUUACCCUACACCAACCCUAACGCUGCUUAACAUGCACACUAUACAUACAUACACACCUACCUAACUUUUGUGUUAAGGAUAUUAAAUAAAUGUGACUUGAUACUUGCGUGUAUGAAUGAAUUUGUAUGUUUAUAUUUCCUUUCAUGCACUCACAGAUCUCCAAGAACAUUGUUGAUAGUAUCAAGCAAUUUACCAAUAUAUUGUUCUGGUUUAAAACCGUCACUUUUAACCAGUAGCAGACUGGUUGUAUAGCAGUGGUUUUACUGCUCAGCUCACGGUGUAACCAGUAGCAGAUGGUUGUACUGGGCAGCUCAGAGUAGAACCAGUGGUUGUACUGGGAAGUUCAUAGUAUAACCAUUAGAAGACUGGUUGUAUUAGGCAGCUCCCAGUAUAACCAGUAGCCGACUGUGGUUGUACUGGUCAGCUAGGCGGUACUGAUGUACUAUACUCCAGUUAGUUGUUUUUUUUGUCUGAAGGAGGAUGAGAAACAGUGCAGUGUUCUUAGUGUUUCCAGGUAAUUGACCAAAUGCAUAUUACGUAUACAAAACGUUAUGAAUAAUGUAUUGUAUUAUUCAGGAUUAUUUAUAAUGAUAAUAUGUGUUGGUGUUAUGUCUGCUCGACACCAAAAAAAAAAAAUAAAAAAUGUUUUCAGUAUCAAUCGUUGGCGUUCACU